CUCCGCGGCGCAAGGAGCAGCGCUGCGCUGGGGCUGUUCGUGGGAGGCAGCAAGCGUCAAGGGCUGCUGAUGUUUCUGCGAGGUUAGGGUUGGGUACAGCCUGACGGCUCGAGGGAGAGUUAGAGCAGCUUUGGAGGCCAGGCAGUGCAGUGUCUCACCCUCGGAAAUCUCGGUGAUCUCCUUGCCGCCACGGUGUUCCCGUGCCCUCGCAUUCUGCCUGGUGGUGUGUGAUCCCUUGGGGUGCGGAUCCACAGCGUGGUUGGGUUGGAAGGGACCUCAAAGCCCACCCAGCUCCAACCCUCUGCUGUGGACAGGGCUGCUGCCCUCCAUCACCUGUAAACAGGUGCGAUCUGAAAUUGUGUUAAUGACCACUGCUGGGGUAUGCGCUGCACUGACUCCCCCCAGUCUCCUUCUUUAAAAAAAAAAAAGUGAAAAAAGAGAGGGAAGGAUGGAGAUGUGACUCUUGUUUUCCCAAGAACCCCCCAGAGAAGCCCGUUAACACAGUCUCAUGGCUAAAAUUAUAUACUGUGUUUAUGUCUAUGUGUACAUAUGCAUAGAUGUGAGAGGGAGGAAACUCAGCUGCAAUUCUUGCAGUAAAUAUAGCCACCACGUGAUGAGUGUAAUGUAUAAUUAGCAUGACCUGAUGGUACAGAGCAGGAGGCUGACUCGGCACCGAGACACUUUGCCCUGUGCUCGUGGUGCUGUGCGCCGUGUCCCUGCUGGUGGAGCCGCUCUGGCUCUGCAAAGUGGAAGCACCGCUGGAAGCGGGAUCCGUGCUGCCCUGCUGUUCCACUCGGCACCCGUGUAGGUCCGCUCUCAGCCACGCUCGUGGCAGCGCUCCUGACCUGCUGACUGGCUCACAGCAUUGCACCCGCGGUGGAGAUGACUGGGGGGAAAUGCCAGGAAAACUUCUUACAUGAGUUCUUGGAUUCUGUUUCUGGCUGCGCUGUUGACUCACUGUGUGACCAGAGCUUAAAAAAUUUCACUGAAGCUGAGUCUGGUGCUUGGUUGGGUACCUGGGUCACUGCACCUCUCAGGCUACAUUCCUGCUGUAAGAAAAGAGAACAAUUAAAUCCUUAUUUUCUAGUGCCUAUAGCCGUGUUAUUAGUGUUAGACGUGUAAUUUCUAAGGCACACUUUUAUUUCUGCUGCCUUUUAUACUUUCUUUUCUAACGAUGUUUCACUUCCCUUUGGUGCAUUGUGACUUGUGUUCUUCUUACCCCCUUCAGAAACACAGAGAGCUAGAGCUCCCGUGUUUUCAUUGAGGAGCAGGGUGUCUGUGCCACAAGGGUGCUGUGAACUACCCCACGUUCCUUGCUCUUCCCUUGGCUCUCUGCUAUUGGAAGGAGGAGGACGCAGUCUCCUCUGUGUUUGGGUUCUGGGGCCUACUCCCGGCGAAUUUAGGUUCCUGCUUGUAGCUUUAACGCACAGUUGCACGUCAGAGUCUGCUUGAUUCUCCGCAAAGCAGAAUGAAAUCAGCCCGUGUCUAUUUGCUUGCAGUGUGAGAGAGCUCUGAGUAACGGUGUCACGUGAGCUGUUUGCACGCUUGGAGACCCACGGUCGCAGCAGUUACGUUGGGAUACAAACCCUACUUGGAUCUGUGUUUGCUUCUUUUAACCACGUGGAUUUCAGAGGAAGCCCUGCUGGCGCUUGCCAUGAGCAUAUGCUCUGCAAGUAACCUGGAAACACCCGCUUUGGAAAUAAGUCUCAUGCUUUGAAAUCACCUUUACUUUUUUGGAAGCACAGCUUCUGUUGGAUUAAGAGAUGCGUAGCUUUCACAGCAGCAUCUUUGGUCUCAGAAUCAUGAACAACAGCAGGAGGCGGUUCCAUUUUGGAAAUAUUAUUUAAUACAUCGCCGUCUUUUCCAGGCAGGCUGCAGAAUUCAGCUGCUCAGGCUGCAAGGUGGCUGCUGUUUCCUGGCGAACAGGAAGCAGUUCUGCUUUAUUGUGUGCCUCUGUGCAUUUUGGUUUUGUUACUGUUGAUGGAUACUCAAAAAGAGUACUCUCUUCUUUGAAUCUGUAGCAUUUUCUGGUGUAAAACUUCUAGGCACAGCCACCUGCUUUUUAUAUUAGCUCAUGCUCUUGGAAACAGUUUUGCCGGAAACAUAUUUAUGUGGUAUUUGCAAGCGGAAUCAUUGCAGUUCUAAUGUAUAAAACUUUGCUGCAGCUCUGUGUCGUAAUCUCAGAAAGGCUGCACUGUACAGGAGUGACAGGCACGUAGGUCAGUGCUGCACUGCAAAGAUUUCUUCAGUGUUAGGAGAGUUAAAGCGUAACCGGUGCUGCUUGGGGGAGCGCUGUGUGAUUUAUAGCUGGGGAGAGUUUUCUUUUUUCCAUAGAUAAUAUCUGAAGGGUGCUCUGGAACUCGGUGCGUGCGCUGUGAAGGGUGUAGCUGCUAUCUGAAAACUCCACAGUACCCGAGCUGUUAGCUGAAGGAAGCUGCAGCUCCUCUACUGAAGUUUUCUAAUGAAGACAAUUUGCUUAAAGCUUAAGAACUAGAAGCAGUGAAGAAAAGGUUGAGGAAUGUAAACAAAAUGUCAGAUAACUAAACCAUAAUUGUCUUGCAGCAAUUAGUAAAGAAUAAAACCUCGAAAUCAUGGGUUCAUGCUCGAUCUUAUAAAUGCCAAAUCCGAGAGUGCGAUCGCAUGCCACUUGGAAAGGCCCCAAAGCUGCAGCUGGAGUAUCUUUAUCUUCACUUGCUUUUCCUUCUCAAAUCUGCCAGCCGCUUUCUGUUAGAAGCUGGUGUGCGUUGAAGAAGCUGUAAGCCGAGAAGAUAAAGUGCCUUCCUACAGCUGUAGCGGCAGAGCUGCUGUGAAUAUGUCAUAUUUCUAUCUAUCUUGUGCAACUGCUCGGUAACUUAUCAAGCCUGACUGAAAGAUACACUGUAAAAUGCAUCCAGGAGCUUGUGGAGCGUGUAUGAGAGCGCUGACUGAUGCUGGAAUGCCUUUGGCUCAGGCUGUAGCGAUUCUCCAGAAACACUGUCGCAUUAUCAAGAACGUCCAAGUUCUCUACAGCGAGCAGUCACCUCUUAGCCACGACCUCAUCCUUAACCUGACUCAGGAUGGAAUCAAACUGCUGUUUGAUGCUUUCAAUCAGAGACUUAAGGUGAUUGAAGUUUAUGACUUGACUAAGGUGAAGUUAAAAUAUUGUGGUGUCCAUUUUAACUCUCAGGCAAUUGCUCCAACCAUAGAACAAAUUGAUCAGUCGUUUGGAGCAACGCAUCCAGGAGUGUAUAAUUCAGCUGAACAACUCUUUCACCUCAAUUUCAGAGGACUGUCGUUUUCUUUUCAGCUAGACUCCUGGACUGAAACUCCAAAGUACGAGCCUAACUUUGCGCAUGGUCUGGCUUCUCUGCAAAUUCCACAUGGAGCAACUGUGAAACGCAUGUACAUCUACAAUGGGAACAGCCUGCAGGAUACCAAGGCUCCCUUGAUGCCCCUCAGCUGUUUCCUUGGCAAUGUGUAUGCUGAGAAUGUCGAUGUGCUGAGAGAUGGGACUGGACCCUCAGGUUUACGGCUUCGCCUACUCACUGCAGGCUGUGGCCCAGGUGUGUUAGCCGAUGCCAAGAUGCGGGUAUUUGAGCGCUGCGUGUACUUCGGCGACUCGUGCCAGGAUGUGCUGAGCACUCUGGGUUCUCCGCACAAAGUUUUCUACAAGUCUGAAGAUAAGAUGAAAAUCCACUCACCCUCGCCCCAUAAGCAGGUCCCAUCGAAGUGCAAUGACUACUUCUUCAAUUAUUUCACACUUGGAGUGGAUAUUCUCUUUGAUGCAAACACUCACAAGGUGAAGAAAUUCGUCUUGCAUACAAAUUAUCCUGGUCAUUACAACUUUAACAUCUACCAUCGCUGUGAAUUCAAGAUUCCACUAGUCAUUAAGCGAGAUAGCGCCGAUUCGCAGACUGAAACAUGUACGACGUACAGUAAGUGGGACAGUAUUCAGGACCUCCUGGGGCACCCUGUAGAGAAGCCAGUGGUACUUCACAGGUCGUCAUCUCCGAACAACACUAACCCGUUUGGGUCAACCUUUUGCUUUGGACUGCAACGAAUGAUCUUUGAGGUGAUGCAGAAUAAUCAUAUAGCUUCUGUUACUCUGUAUGGCCCAACAAGGCCCAGCAGCCAGUUGAGAACAUCGGACCUUCCCCAGUGAGCAUCCCCUGCAAAGUCAGCUAAUCUAAAUGCUACAGAAUUAGUACAGCGUGCCUUGAUUUGCUGCCACUUAUAAUACGGAAAGCACGUUAUGAUUUUUGUUUCUUUUCAAUGAGCCUUUCCACCCAGAAGCAGCGUGGAAAGGAAAUUCUCUCAACCCUUCAUCAUGGGGCGUGGAACUGUUGAUGGAGGAAAGCAGCUUUGGUGCCUGUGCCGUCAUCUGUUCCUCUCGGUUGCCCUCAUCCUACGCAGCACAGAGCUGGAGAGUGUCCCCCGUCUCCGCCAGCAGAAGGGGGACGUGGGAGGGGGACACGUAAUGACUGCAAGAGUUGGAAGCACAAACUUUCUGAGCCUUGGAGCAUCUGGAAGCAGGUAUUGAUUUUAGUCUGUUUGUGUUACUGUAUUGAUGUGGUGGUCACAUUUUAAGAAAACGUAUGCGUGUACAUAUAUAGAUAUAAACACAUUGAUAUUUCUGUGGCUUAGGACAUCGUACCAAGUGUGACAAGGAUGUAUAUAUGUCCAUGAUUUCAGGCACCACAUCUUCGUGUAACUUUAAACCAAGCAAGUAGCAUGUGCAUAAUACUUGGUUGUAACAUUUGCACUACAUACACUUUAAUUACUUGAUAAAUGUUUAUCUUCACUGAGGAGCAUCUGUGUACUGGGCGUGAGUGGGGUGUGAUGGUUAUUUAAUGUACGCUGCGCAUAAAGCUUAUUUAUACAGUGGAUGGAGUUAAUCCACCUUCCUGCACUAAUACGUACUUGAUGUGCUGAAACCAUUUUUUUUCUGCCAUGACUGGUUUACUGAUUUUUUUCAUAUGCAAUUUCAAAAAACACAAUUCUGGAAGAGGUUAUUUCUGUGAUUGAAUUACGUUUUAGUGAUGAGGUUUGGUACAGUGUUUCUUACUCUGGAAAAAAUGGAUGAAGAAAUAGCAUUGCCUCACAUCUCUCCGUUCCCGACCCCUUUUUUUCGUACUAUUUUCUCAGAGAGUGAGAAGUUGUAUCUAAUGGUAUCUCAGAAAGAAUUCCCCAAGCUCUGCCAUCACCACAAACACCUUUUCUGUCACUUUUGAUGUACGAUUUUAAUUUAUGCCAAAGGUUUAGCCAAAGACAUCCUUCUUGUCGUUCCACCGUUCCUGUACGUAGAUGCUAACCGCACACCCCACCCCAGCAGACAGGACAUAGGCUUCUUUCUAGUUGGGAGAUGCUGCUCGCAAUGUGUUAUCCCAGGAGGAUACUUUAGGUUUCUAGUUCUCUUAUCAGUCUUAUUUGGGGGAAAAAGGUGGUCUGUCUUUGAAAUAUUGAACCCUUUUUAAAAAUGGACAAGAGAAAUGUAUAAUUUUAUCCCAUUUUUAAUAUUUUGGUGUAGCAACUUGUGAUACAUAGAUGACAAUUUUGUGAGUUUUACUAUGUGUGUACAGAUUUUGUAAAUAUGACAUUUUUGUAAUUUUAACUCCAUGUACAGUGUAAUCCUGUAUAGUUUAUCAACGAAUGCGAGAUAGGAAAUCGAAUGUUAACAAGUUUUGGAUCUUGGACCAGUAGCAGGGAUAAAUGUGGUGUGUGUGUGAGACGUUCUUUGCCAUUUAGUCUUCCUGUAUACUGUGAUACUCUAAAAUGUUUUGCUAAAACAAACAAAAAAAAGCCACGCGGAGAAUCUAAUGGAUAAGGAAAAAGUUAUUGUUUACCUUUAUCCCUAGGUGUCACUCCUGUUGAAUCCCUGUUCAAUCUGUGCUGUCUCCUGUGAUCAUUGCUUGCUAAGAAAAUUCUAUGCCUCAACCUUCCUUUUGUUUCCUCUCUAAUUUUAAUUUCAUUUUACAUAGCCCUUCUGUAAAUUAAAUGGAAUAAUAAUGAGCAUGUACACUGAAAGAAAAAUAAAACGAGACUCUCAGUUACUGUUUUUGUGUUAAAUACAGUUACUGGGUGUUUUUGUAAUAAAAUCAUGGAUGUUCCUGCA